CUACAACCAUGAUUAUCAUAUGUCUAAAGAAAGCUAGAUUUGAAUUCGCUUACUAUGAUUUGUAAAACUUCUUUUGAACUUAAGCAAUUGAAUUCUUUGCUCGACCAUUUCUCUUAUCUGUAAAGAAGGGCUAUCUACCUGAGGGAUCCAUCUAAAGGUAUCAGAACAAUUCCCUUGUAGUCUUUGUUCUUGGUUUUUAUAUCUUUUAUUUGUAAUGUCUACAGCUUUUAAUAAUCGCAUUUAGCGAUGUUUUAUUUGUUUUUGGUAUAUUUUUGAUAACGAACACAAUUACUGGAUCUCGUUGGGCUCAAAUAAGAAAUAGCAAGAUCACCAGGACAGCAACAUUUGAGAUUCAACCUUCACCUACAUCCACAUUUUAUAGAAUUAUUACUCAAUGGCUGGAGGGAUUGAGAAUGCCAAAAAGGCGAUCAGAAGCCUGAAAAAUUACGAUGAACACGAAAACCGCUUUGGCACCGUUUUUAGUGUUUCAGGACCAGUCGUCGUUGCUUCCAACAUGCUUGGUUGCUCUAUGUAUGAGCUUGUCCGCGUUGGUCAUGAUGAAUUGGUAGGAGAAGUUAUUCGAAUUCACCAAGACAAAUGUACAAUUCAAGUUUACGAAGAAACCUCUGGUCUUACUGUCGGUGAUCCCGUCCAACGUACAGGAAAGCCUUUGUCUGUUGAAUUAGGCCCAGGUCUUGCUGAAACCAUUUACGAUGGUAUCCAACGCCCAUUAAAACAAAUCCAUGACAAAGCUCAAAGUAUUUACAUUCCCAGAGGCAUCAAUACAGAAGCAUUAGACCGUACUCGUAAAUAUGAUUUCACACCUAAUAAGAAGCUUCGUGUCGGUGAUCACGUAUCCGGUGGUGAUGUUUUUGGUUCCGUUUUUGAAAACUCUCUUUUUAGUGACCAUAAAAUCAUGCUUCCUCCUAGAUCUCGUGGUACGGUCACUUUUAUCGCCGAAGCAGGUUCCUACACCGUAGUUGACAAGCUUUUGGAAGUGGAAUUCAAUGGCAAAAAACAAUCUUUUGGUAUGUUACAGACUUGGCCUGUCCGUGCUCCCCGUCCAGUGGCCGAUAACCUUACCGCCAAUCAACCUCUGCUCACCGGCCAACGUGUUCUCGAUUCCUUGUUUCCAUGUGUUCAAGGUGGUACCACCGCUAUUCCUGGUGCUUUUGGUUGCGGUAAAACUGUAAUUUCUCAAUCUCUUUCCAAGUAUUCCAAUUCGGAUAUGAUUGUUUACAUUGGUUGUGGUGAACGUGGUAACGAAAUGGCCGAAGUUUUGAUGGACUUCCCUGCUUUGACCAUUGAUAUCAACGGAACUCCUGAACCUAUUAUGAAACGUACUACUCUCGUUGCUAAUACUUCAAACAUGCCCGUGGCUGCCCGUGAAGCAUCCAUCUAUACUGGUAUCACCUUGGCUGAGUACUAUCGUGAUCAAGGUAAGAACGUCUCAAUGAUGGCUGAUUCUACUUCUCGUUGGGCUGAGGCUCUCCGUGAGAUUUCUGGUCGUCUUGCUGAAAUGCCUGCUGACUCUGGUUAUCCUGCUUACCUUGGUGCUAAACUGGCUUCUUUUUAUGAACGGGCUGGUCGUGUUCGUUGUUUAGGUAGUCCUGAACGUGAAGGUACUGUGUCGAUUGUUGGUGCUGUUUCUCCUCCAGGUGGUGACUUCUCUGAUCCAGUCACUAGUGCUACUUUGGGUAUUGUGCAAGUUUUCUGGGGUUUGGACAAGAAAUUGGCUCAGCGUAAACAUUUCCCCUCUAUUAAUACCUCCUUAUCUUAUUCCAAGUAUGUAAAUGCUUUGACUCCUUGGUAUGAAGACCGUGUUUCCGGUUUCAACUCUUUACGUGAUCAAAUUAAACAAAUUAUCCAACAAGAAGAUUCGAUGCUUGAAAUCAUUCAAUUGGUUGGUAAGUCUGCUCUUUCUGAGAGCGACAAGGUUACUUUAGACAUGGCUGGUAUUAUCAAGAACGAUUUCUUACAACAAAACGGCUAUUCCGACUACGAUCGUAGCUGUCCUCUCUACAAAACUUACCAUAUGAUGAGAAACAUGAUUUCUUAUUACGGGAAAGCCAAGGGUGCCGUUGAGCAAGGCAAUGUUCCAUGGUCUAAAAUCCGUGAAGGCACUUCCGAUCUUUUCCAUGAACUUUCUUCCAUGAAAUUUGAAAAUCCUAAUGAUGGUGAAAAAGAACUUGUUGAACGUUACGAACAACUUUAUAAGAAGAUCGAUGACAAAUUUCAAGCCCUUGCUGAGUAAUUUUUUAAUUUUGCAAUUAAGCGUUAGAGUGUGAUACUCAAUUAAUUUACCAAUUUAGUCUUCCAUUAUGUCCUUAAUCAGUUCUACAAGUAUCUAAACUCUUCAAUUAUUAAAGAAUAUGCCGAAAACUCCAUAGAGGUCUCGAUGAAUGAAUGCAAUUAAUUUUUAAUAUAAUUAUAACUAACUCAGCACCGUCCUA